CAGAGGAGACAGAGGGAACCGCAGCGGUGCACAAACGCAGAGAGCAUAGCGAUAGCGGUGACAAUACCACGGUGCGAGUAACAAAGCACACUCCAUGACACUGUGACAGAUGAAGAAACAGAGGCAGAAAGGAUGGUGACAGAGGGACCGUGACAAAAGGGGUGGAGACAGGAACAGAGCAUAGAAACAUGAAAGGUAUAGAGACCAGGAAGGCGAGCGGGGCAGAGCAAGGGAUUGGUGACCCAGACGAAGGGUGGCCUGGCAGGCAUCCUGGAGAUGAAGCUAGGGAGUCCGGCUGCGGGCAGAGUCCGGAGAGAAACUGGCAUCGCAUCUUAUAGAGGAGGACAGAGGGAGAAGGAGAACAUGACCGAGGCACAACAGGGGACGACAGGGACAGCAAGACAGAGAGCAAGUCAUAGAGGUGAACAGAGACCAGAGCAAAGAGGAAGAAAACAAGGGCCCAGUCACCUGAGACUCAGCGGGAGGGAAGGGCGACAGGCCGAAGCAAAGAGGGGUGGCGAAGCGAACCAAACAGCGGAGAGGGUGAAAGGGACACCGCAGCCUGUGGCUACCAACUGAGCGAGACUCACUUCCCGGCCCAGCACCUCAUCCUGGCAAGCACCGGAAACCAUGGAGCCUUGAGCUGUCUUCUCUAUGCCGCUUUGCCCCCCGGCGCCCACGCGGAGCAUGAACAUUGAGGAUGGCGUGCGCCCGCAGCUCCCCGUGCCCCCCACUGCCGCCCGGUAGGAUGUCCUGGCCCCAUGGGGCCCUGCUCUUCCUCUGGCUCUUCUCCCCACCCCUGGGGGCCGGUGGGGGCGGCGUGGCCAUGACAUUGGCCGCCGGAGGGGGCUCCCCGCCGGCCACCUCCUGCCCCGCGGCCUGCUCCUGCAGCAACCAGGCCAGCCGGGUGAUCUGCACGCGGAGAGAGCUGGCCGAGGUCCCCGCCAGCAUCCCUGUCAACACGCGGUACCUGAACCUGCAGGAGAAUGGCAUCCAGGUGAUCCGGACCGACACGUUCAAGCACCUGCGGCACCUGGAGAUCCUGCAGCUGAGCAAGAACCUGGUGCGCAAGAUCGAGGUGGGCGCCUUCAACGGGCUGCCCAGCCUCAACACGCUGGAGCUGUUCGACAACCGGCUCACGACGGUGCCCACGCAGGCCUUCGAGUACCUGUCCAAGCUGCGGGAGCUCUGGCUGCGCAACAACCCCAUCGAGAGCAUCCCCUCGUACGCCUUCAACCGCGUGCCCUCCCUGCGGCGCCUCGACCUGGGCGAGCUCAAGCGGCUGGAGUACAUCUCGGAGGCGGCCUUCGAGGGCCUGGUCAACCUGCGCUACCUCAACCUGGGCAUGUGCAAUCUCAAGGACAUCCCCAACCUGACGGCCCUGGUGCGCCUGGAGGAGCUCGAGCUGUCCGGCAACCGGCUGGACCUGAUCCGCCCGGGCUCCUUCCAGGGCCUCACCAGCCUGCGCAAGCUGUGGCUCAUGCACGCCCAGGUGGCCACCAUCGAGCGCAACGCCUUCGACGACCUCAAGUCGCUGGAGGAGCUCAACCUGUCCCACAACAACCUGAUGUCGCUGCCCCACGACCUCUUCACGCCCCUGCACCGCCUGGAGCGCGUCCACCUCAACCAUAACCCGUGGCACUGCAACUGCGACGUGCUGUGGCUGAGCUGGUGGCUCAAGGAGACGGUGCCCAGCAACACGACGUGCUGCGCCCGCUGCCACGCGCCCGCCGGCCUCAAGGGCCGCUACAUCGGCGAGCUGGACCAGUCGCACUUCACCUGCUACGCGCCCGUCAUCGUGGAGCCGCCCACGGACCUCAACGUCACCGAGGGCAUGGCCGCCGAGCUCAAGUGUCGCACGGGCACCUCCAUGACGUCCGUCAACUGGCUGACGCCCAACGGCACCCUCAUGACGCACGGCUCGUACCGCGUGCGCAUCUCCGUCCUGCACGACGGCACUCUCAACUUCACCAACGUCACCGUGCAGGACACGGGCCAGUACACGUGCAUGGUGACGAACUCGGCCGGCAACACCACGGCCUCGGCCACGCUCAACGUCUCGGCCGUCGACCCCGUGGCGGCCGGCGGUGCCGGCGGCGGCGGCGGCGGCGGGGGCGGCCCGGGAGGCGGCGGCGGCGGCGGCGGCGGCGGCGGAGGGGGCGGGGGCGGCUACACCUACUUCACCACCGUGACCGUGGAGACCCUGGAGACGCAGCCCGGAGAGGAGACCCUGCAGCCGCGGGGGACGGAGAAGGAGCCGCCGGGGCCCACGACGGACGGCGUCUGGGGCGGGGGCCGGCCCGGGGACGCCGCCGGCCCGGCCUCGUCGUCCACCACGGCGCCCGCCCCGCGCUCCUCGCGGCCCACGGAGAAGGCGUUCACCGUGCCCAUCACGGACGUGACGGAGAACGCCCUCAAGGACCUGGACGACGUCAUGAAGACCACCAAGAUCAUCAUCGGCUGCUUCGUGGCCAUCACGUUCAUGGCCGCCGUGAUGCUCGUGGCCUUCUACAAGCUGCGGAAGCAGCACCAGCUCCACAAGCACCACGGGCCCACGCGCACCGUGGAGAUCAUCAACGUGGAGGACGAGCUGCCCGCGGCCUCGGCCGUGUCCGUGGCCGCCGCCGCCGCCGUGGCCGGGGGCGGGGGCGUCGGCGGGGACAGCCACCUGGCCCUGCCCGCCCUGGAGCGCGACCACCUGAACCACCACCACUACGUGGCGGCCGCCUUCAAGGCGCACUACAGCGGCAACCCCAGCGGCGGGGGCUGCGGGGGCAAGGGCCCCCCGGGGCUCAACUCCAUCCACGAACCUCUACUCUUCAAGAGCGGCUCCAAGGAGAAUGUGCAAGAGACGCAGAUCUGAAGCCGCCGGGCGGGGGCCCCGGGCCCCGGGCCCCGGGCCGGACUGGGACCCUCCCCGCGGCCCCGCCGCCGCCGCCGCCGCCGCUCUCGGACCGCGCAGGGAAGGUCGGGGGAGGAGGGCUCGAAGCCCCGCCCGCGUGCGGACCCCAGGGCGCCCCCCCCCCCCCCCCCCCCGGCGAGGACAGGGCGGGGCGCCGGGAACCGAGCCGCCUCCGCGAUUCUGGCCUCACCGCCCCCCCCCCCUCCCAGCCCCGGCGAAGGGAGGGGAUGCAGGAUUCGGGAGAAGUGGCUGGAACCCCCCGCUUUUCCGCCUCGCUCUCUCUAGCGACCCCUCCCCGCCCUCCGCCUUCCAGGGGAGAGAGGAGCUUUCCGGGGAGGGGGGGCGUCCUUUCCCCUCAUCCCCGACAACCCUCCUUUUACGGUUCAUUUUUUGCAGUUUGACGCCUGUCCCCCCUCCUCCCGCCCCUCCGCCCCCGAAACUGAAGAGACGGACGACGCGCGCGCGGUCAGAGCCUCCGGACACCCUGCCCUGCCCCCCACCUUCGCCCCUCCCCGCCCCCCGCCCUCACCUGCCCCACAGACUCUUUUGAUACUGAAGGGAGGUUUGCGUCAAUGACUAC